UCGGCGUUCAGAUCUCGUGUCUCCUGAUGUUUCCGAGGUCAUCGUCUGAUGAAGGGCGUCAUAUGCCAAAAGAAUCCCGAUCCCGAUACCGAUGGGGACUCUCGGUGAGAUAAAGAAGACAAACGAAUGCUACAGAAGCAGGGCAUGGGGCGCCUGUUGUCAACCCACGCCCGAAUUCCCCAGUCUGGGCCAUUUCACCCGCCUUGGAGACUCUGGGACCGCUUAGCGUCACCAUAACCCACCAGACGAGAAAGCUGGAUGGAGUCAGCGUGGCCAGUCGGGGCAACUAGACCUUAUCCUCGAUAGCCAACCCAAACUCUGAAUAUUGCGACUCCAGAAAAGGAGCCAACCAUUUGCAUAGAGGGGGGGCAAUGGCCCAGUCGACCCCUCACCGGCGCGGGGGUCUCCUAGUGGGCUUGCUGUUCUAAUAGUCUUUUCGUUGAUGACUGUAGUGGUGUAUAUCUAAGCUCCAAUCCGCGGUAUAAAGCUGCCUGCCACCUGGCCAGCCUGUCUCGCAUCUUCACUUCGUUCUUCCCUGCCUCUCCUGCCUUUUCCUUGAAACUUCUCUCAUUGCUCCCCUCUCCCACUUAUAGACCCGAUAAUGGCUGCCAACCCUGUGGAGCAUGGACUGUUUGUCCAUAACAACACUACCGCUCCAGCCCACCCCGGCUUGCUGAGCAUGUUCUCACUGAAGGGCAAGACUGCCAUCGUUACCGGCGCCGGUGCUGGCAUCGGCCUUUCCGUAGCUAUUGGCCUGGCUGAAGCUGGUGCAAAUGUGGCCUUGUGGUAUAGCAGCAACCCCAACUGCAUCGAGCGGGCCGCGGAGAUUGCCUCCAAGUAUGGUGUCCAGGCCCAGGCGUACAAGGUCGAAAUCACCAAGCCCGAAGCCGUGCAGGCGGCCGUUGACCAGGUUGUGAAAGACUUCAAUGGCCGACUAGACGUUUUCAUCGCCAAUGCCGGUAUCCCCUGGACUAAAGGUCCCAUGGUUGACGGUCCACUGGACCACUACUCGAGUGUUGUCGAUGUCGACCUGAACGGAACUUUCUACUGCGCUAGGGCAGCGGCAACCCACUGGAGGAGACAAAAGGAGGAGGGCACCGAUAUCAACGGUAACGCGCUCAACAACUUCACCUAUGGCAGCUUUGUGGCCACCGCUUCCAUGAGCGGUCACAUUGUCAACUUCCCUCAGAUGCAGGCAGCAUACAACGCCUCCAAAGCUGGUGUCAUCCAUCUUUGCAAGUCGCUGGCUGUCGAGUGGGUUAAGUUUGCGCGUGCCAACACCGUUUCUCCCGGAUACAUCGCGACAGAGAUCUCGAAUUUCAUCCCAGAUGAUGUCAAGGGCAUCUGGAAGGACAAGAUUCCCAUGGGUCGCGAGGGAGAACCCGAGGAGCUCAAGGGCGCGUAUCUGUACCUGGCAUCGGAUGCAUCCAGCUACACCACUGGAGCAGACAUUGUGGUUGAUGGCGGCUACUGUGCCCCGUAGGCUUUUGAUUAUAUAGAUGGCAUUUUAUGAUCUGUACAUUUCAACUUGCAGCGAUACAUAUGAAAGGUAUAUUACAUGAUAGACGAAAUGAACUUCUUCGCGAUCAAGUCCGCUCGUGGCGCUUACUAGAUCCAACCAAGCCAGAGCCAAGGCACCAGGCUGACCACUGCCACAAAGCCAUGCAGAAGCCGUGGCUUGCAGGUUGCAGGGCCUUAAUAUUCGGUAUCGGCGGUGACGUAGGCCCGCGAUCGCGUGAGGUCCCUAGAAGUAGAUCAUAAUAAUGUGACCUAUUUUCCCUCACACACCAGGGCCUCGGCAUGUCCUCUGUUAUGUUAUAUCCCAUAGCCACAACAAAGAAACCCAUCACAUCAAAUAGUGGUAGUGGUAGUAUCAGAAGGCCCCUCCUGUACCUUUUCCACCACCCACUUCACCACUGAAUCCACCAUCCCAUUGACCCAUUCCCCGUCAUCUUCGUCUCCAUCCGCCGAAUAAUAAUCUUCUUCCAUUUCCGGAAUAGAUGGAAAGGGCGGCUCCAUGACCUCCGGGUAUAUGACGGAUGUAUCUGGGUCGAAGUAUCGAGAGAGAGG